CAGAGACCACAUGGACCCACAAGGAUGACGGCACAAGGGGAUUGAGCCUUCUAUCCACAUCCUCCCAGCACGAUGCAGAGAAGAGGCUGACGGGAAAGCUGGCCUUCUGUGGAAAAAGAUCUCCUUUGGCUGCCAGAGCUCAUCCCAAGGGCCAGGAAGAUGGAGCCACACUUGCUGGUGUGGGGAGUGAUCACAUUCAUCAUGGUACCCUGCGGCAAGGCAGAGCUUUGUGACGAUGACCCGCCAGAGGUCGCACACGCCACAUUCAAAGCCUUGGCCUACAAGAGGGGAACCACGUUAAACUGUGAAUGCCAGAGAGGUUACCGCAGGAUAAAAAAUGGGUCACCCUACCUGCUUUGCACAGGAAACUCCAGCCACUCUUCCUGGGACAACAAAUGCCAAUGCAUGAGCACUGCCUCUAGGCACACAAGAGGAGUUACCCCUCAACCUGAAGAACAGAAAGAAAGAAAAGUCACAGAAAUGCAAAGCCAAGUGCAGCCUGUGGACCAAGUGAGCCUUCCAGGGCACUGCAGGGAGCCCCCGCGGUGGGAGCAUGAGGAUGCAGAGAGGAUCUAUCACUUCGUGGUGGGGCAGACGGUUCACUACCAGUGCGCCCAGGGAUACAGGGCUCGGCGGGGAGCUCCUGCCCAGAGCGUCUGCGAAUUGACCGACGGAAAGACGAGGUGGACCCGGCCCGGGCUCGCGUGCGUGGAUGAAACGGAGCCCAGCCAGUUUCCAGGUGAAGAGCCGUCUCAGGCAAGCCCCGGUGACCUUCCUGAGAGGGAGACGUCCUGUCCCCUCACGACGACAGAUCCUCAGGAGCACACAGAAGCAGCCACGACCAUGGAGACAUUCGUUUUCACGACAGAGUACCAGGUGGCAGUGGCCGGCUGCGUCCUCCUGCUGUUCACCGUCCUCCUGCUGAGUGGGCUCACCUGGCAGCGGAGAUGGAGGAAGAGUAGAAGAACAAUCUAGAAAACCAAGAGAACAAGAACUUCCUGCUAAGAAGCCAAGAACAGCCAACCAACAGAAGUCAGGAAGCACAAGCAAAAUCAACAAAGCUCAACACUCGCCCAAGAGGCAUCUCUUGUGACCUCUUGGGUUGUAGAAUGCUCUGACGUCACCUCACAGGACACCAGCAACGGCAACCCCGUCACUAAGCCACCUCUGUGCCAUCAGAGAAUGAGCUCUACCUGCUUCUAAACAGCAGUCCCAAGGUCUUUGAAGGAAA